GCUCACGCAGGCAGCCAAAGCGGUUUAAGCGGUGAAUCGUGUCUUGUUUUAAUUUCUACAAAUUUCAAUUUAUUAUCGCAAAUAAAUACUAACUGUACUAAAUAAGAGUGAAUUUUAGCUCUGAAGACGAGUUAUUCUGGAAAAAUGCGUCGCAAUAUGAACCAAAUGCCAGGGCGAAGUGGCCCGUUAAUGACGGAUCAUUUACAAGAUUUAGAGCUGGAGCUUGAGCUACUAAAGCGUAAGAGGCAGCUGAUCCAGCGUCAGCAAAGCAGUAUGCUAUAUGACCGUCCCACCGUUCCCCUUAAUGAUAUGAGAUACAACCAGCCGUCUCAAUCUUUUAAAAAUCAGUUCAAUGAACCUCAGCAUUUUAACUUUUCUCAUUUGUACAAUGACACCCCUCGGAACAACCAGGGCUUUGGCUUGAAACGUCAAGCGCAGUCGGACUGGUCUAGCGCACCCAGCAGCAACAUGGGUGGUCAAAAGCGGUCUAGGCCGAACCCCUUCGUCCAACCAUUCCAAAAUAAUACACAGCAACCUUUCCAACGGCCCGGGUUUAUACCGCAGCCUCUUCUGAACACUCCCAAACCUAAACCGCUCAUGGACUUCCCAGUUCAGAGAAACCGCCCCAACAACCGACAAAUCAUGAAGCAAAAUCAAGGCCCUAAGCCUCUCACUCACCAUCCGAGUUUCAAGCAAAAUAAGCCCGCCAACGCCAACCGACCUGGCAACGCAAACCGACCUGGCAACGCAAACCGGCCUGCCAACGCAAAUCGGCCUGCCAACGCAAAUCAGCCUGCCGGUUUCGUCGCUAAAAAGAACGCAUCCCCCAAAAAGCCCAUUCAAAACAAUUCUUUCAAUAACUCACCAUCCCAAAAGGCGCUGGACCGCGUUUUCACGGUUAAUAAGAAGCCGAAUAAUAAAAUGAACGGCCGGUUAGAGUUAGCUCUAGGGAUGAUCGUUAAAGAGAUCAAGGUAACAUAUGAAAACAAGCCUGAAUAUAAGGGUCUGUUUUCCUAUCUCCCGCUCACCCGGCUCAUGAAGCAAGGCGUCCGGGAGCGCUUGCACUCCGCAAUGGACGGGAAGACGGUUGAUAAGGCCUCAGACAUAAUGGUGGAGUACCGCCAGAAAUUCCCAAUGGAAACCGACAAGGAAAUCGUGGAACUCGCUGUACUCCAGCAAAAGAAGAACGACCAAAAGAUCGAACUUGCGAUCACAUUGCUCGAAGAAGGGGACCCAGAACUAUUUUUCAAGAAAAACAUGAACAAAUUACUUCAAGCCAGAUUUGACGAGAUGAUGGGAAAGCUUGAAAAAAUUAUAACUGAAGAAAACAAGGUCACAAUAGCUGAAAUCCUGGAGAAUUUGCCGGAACUUGAGAAAGAACCGAGAAGUGCUAAUACUAAAAACACUUCAAAGGCUAAUGAAAAUGAAUCAGAAAAAGCUGCAGAGACACCUGCCAACGCUGAAACAGCUGAAAAGGCUGCUGAAGCACCAGCUAGUGCUGUAACAGCUGAAGAGGCUGCUGAAGCACCAGCUAGUUCUAUAACAGCUGAAAAGGCUGCUGAAGCACCAGCUAGUGCUGUAACAGCUGAAAAGCCUGCUGAAACAGCACCUGAGAAAUCUGAUGAAACGCCAAAGCCCGAUGAACCAGUAAAGGAGAAUGGAUCUAAUUUGCACCAUAAGGAGGAAAUGUAUGAGAAAUGGCUGUCACUUUACAUUCAGCGCAGGCUGCCUGCGUUAGUACAUAGACAUAGAUCCAACAUCCUAAAGGUGUUCGACCUCGACCGCAUGUACUCUAGCACGAAGGCGGCGAUCAUUACCAACGCCAACAACAAGGCGCAGGCUAUGAAGGCUGGUCAGAAGAAUGACGGCGAACAGGGCAAGGAUGAUCCUGAACUGCCGCGCAAUCUGCCGUAUUUUGCUAAGGUACUGGCAGUCCCAGCGAUGCCAAAGCGUAAGAUCAUGCAAGAGUUCCUGAACAAGUUCCAACCGAAGACAAUCAAACGGCACAAGAAGAACUACAACCUGCUGUUCGUUGGGUUCGACUCCAAGGAGAACUAUAAUAAGAUCCUGGCUGCCGACCAGACUGCACUAGGCAACGCAACCCUCAGCAUCCUCGGAAACGUCUCCAAGCCGACUACAAACGACACUGACGAUCAGACCGAUCUCGACCAAGUCCUGACCCCGCAGCUCGACGAUCAGAUCAACGAUCUCCUAAGUUCCAUCCGUAAUGCAGAUGAGGAAUCCAACGCUAAUGGCGAUUACAGUGUCGCUGAUGUUGAUUUAACUCAAGAUGAAAGUCAAGAAGUGCAUGAUACUUCAAAUGAGACUACAAAUGUUGAAGAAACAUCAACAGCUACAAAUGAAACUGAUGCGGUUACCGAAGAAAAUGAAAAUGUUGCUGCUAAUGAAACUGAUAAUAAAAGUGAUGAUUGUGAAGUUGUUGAGGCGAAUGGGAAUAGUGUAGUUACUAUUGAAGACGAUGAAGUUGCUCCGCUGAAAACUGAUGAAGUGAAGCCAGCUGCACCGGCCACUCCGGCUAAAGGUCGAGCUCCGGCUACACCAAGGUCUAUUAAUACCAGGCGUUCCAGCCGUCUCCUGAACUGAGAUCAAUGCCUUUCUAAACACUAUUCCAUUAGGACAGGGGUACACAACCUGCGGCCCGCCGGGUUUUUUAGGUAGCCCGCCAGUUGAUCCUGGUAUAGAUGCAUCCGAACAUCACCUUUAAGCAAAUUCAUCUUGCGGCCCGGGGCUACAAGGCAAGACUUUCUUUGUGGCCCUCAUAAAAAGGUACUCACCGCUGCAUUAGGACCUUAAAAGAAUGUUAACAAACAAUACCAUUUCGUAAGGUAGCUCAGCCAAUGAUAUAAUUCAACAGAUUCAAAAAGUCGUAUCUCUUUGGCAGAUUGACUGAGGCAAGUGGUUUGGUGUGUACAUUAUUUUAAUGUGCUUAUGAAAUAGACUAUGGUUCUACAUUAAAUAUAACGUUAAUUACAUGUUGGGUGGGAUAUUGUCUCCAACUCAAUUGGGCAUCAGAUUAUAAAAUAAGUAUGUAUUUAAUUUUGCAAUAAGCAAAUACCUUCCUGAGUGAGGUUUUAGAUCAUGGUAUCAUUGAUAUCUUAUUAAUUAAUUAUGUUUUAAUUUAGCCCAUAAGUUAGGCGAUACUUUAUUUUGACUAUAAAAUAUGACCUUUUAAGUUAAGUUUGAUUAGAAAUAAAUGAUGAACCGAUA